AUGACUACUGCCACAUCGACCCAGCCAGGUAUCCAUCGCAUCCCUUUGGGUGCGCUGGGUGAAUCGAAGCUCAACAUCGCCAACUCCAAGAGGUCCGGUCUCUUUCAAAAGUCAGACGGAGCCCUACCAGCCCUCAAACGUGCCAAAUUGGACCUGGGACUUGCCAGAAGGGCAGCAUCGACCUCUAUUUCCUCAGAGAAGUCCAGCGUCGACUAUGCACAGGCAUUGAAGACUCGUCUACGUCUGGCUCUCUAUAAGGUCAAGACCAACCAACAUUCACUCUCGAUUUCCCAAUUGGACAAACCCCAGAAAUCUGCGUCGUUUCCAGCAAAGGAAGCCAACCCCCCAUCGCUUCUGGCGGCUUCUACGCCGCUUUUUGCAAGGUUGGGUGGAAAGAGAUCUGUAAGCUUUAUGGACUAUAUCGUGGAGCAAAAAAAUGAGUCCAAGGACAGAACAAUGCCCCCUCCAAUUCUUCAGCUGCCAACCCCCAACACCUCGGUAAACACCAGCACCUCAUCACCUUCCAAGAUUGCCCAAAUCGGAAGACGCCAGCUCAAAUCCAUUUCCAAAUUCACACUCCCUCCAAUACCCAAUCUGACUCCGCAAUCGCAGCAAAAAGCGAAAACCGAGUCUUUGUCUCUUCCUUCAAUUGCCGAGAUGGUUAAGGGCUCCAAUGCUUUGGAGACCUCUCCAAACGCGACGAUCUUCUUGCAAGACUCGUCAGAGAUGAUGGUCACGCCUGUUCGCAGAAAACUGGGAUCCAGAUCCCAACAUCAACCCACAAACGACACCACCAUUGAUCAGGACGAGACGCAGCUCAUGUCCAGUCCAAGCAGACUGCUCUCUACGCCUUCCUCGAUUGGAGCAGCCAAGUGUCUAUUGCAAUUGGCACUUAGAUGA